AUGACUGCUACGAAAAAGACCAUUGCCAUUGUCAAUGGUACUGGCCGUCAGGCCGCGUCGCUCAUCCGCUCCGUCACUGCAGUGGGUUAUUCUGUUCGGGCGCAAGUAUAUUCCACCGAGGGCCUGGUGGCAGAGGAGCUGGCCGAAUUACCAAAUGUCACUCUGCUUGAAGGACCUCUGCUGGACAAUCCGGUUCUGGUGGACACCCUCUUCGAAGGCGCUCAGAUCGCCUUCAUAAACACCAAUCCUCUUGCUGGCGAUGAGAUCAAGAUAGGCAAAGUGCUCGCCAAUGCGGCCAAGAAGAGGAAUAUCCAGCACUUUAUCUACAGCAGCAUGCCUGAUCAUUCGAUACACAAUCCGAAAUGGCCGUCCCUUCCUUUAUGGGCCUGCAAGUUUACGGUCGAGAACUAUAUCCGACAGCUUGGCAUGCCGUCGACCUUUGUGUAUGCUGGCAUUUACUACAACAAUUUUACCAGUCUUCCAUAUCCCUUGUUCUGUACCGAAUUCAAAGCCGACGGAACCGUCGAGUGGCGCGCGCCUUUUCACCCGGACACCAAACUACCCUGGCUGGAUGCUGAACAUGACUUUGGUCCGGCAGUGUUACAGAUCAUCAAGGAUGGACCUAACCGUUGGGGGAAAGGACAGAGGGUUGCGCUUGCCUUUGAAAACCUCACACCACGGCAAGUAUGCGAUGCAUUCACUCGGGCGCUGCACCUGCCGUGUCACUACGUCUUUGACCCACACAUCGAAGUCAAGGUUGGAAUACCAAGCGGCUAUCGGCAACAACUGCUCGGUCUCGAAGUACUUUUUGGACAGUACAACGCACCUUACUUCCCCGGACCAGAUUUUCAAUACAGUGGCCGACGGAAAGAUAGCAACGACACCAUCACGGGACGCAACAGUAGCGAGUCCCUACGAGGCAAGCCUGGGAAACUGACAGAUUUGGCGCGGACCCUGUGGCCCGGGUGGCGAUCAUUAUCCGAGUAUUUCGCUACAGCUUUUCUGGUUGAGGAGGAGGCGAAUGGGAAAACAUGGAUGGUGGACAAGACACAGAGCACAUGA